AUAUCAAAGGCUGCAUUGUGCAUUGAGCAGGCCUCGGUCCCUCGUGUGCCAGGGAGGAGGCGGGAGGAGGGACACCGUUGGGAGGCUGUCCCUUGCAGCACUCUUCUGGCCGGUGUUCUCAAGGGCCUCGGCCGGGGUAGGAUGGUAUACACAUGGGUGGCUGCUUCUGCAUCCCCAGGGAGCGGAGUCUGACCCGGGGCCCAGGUAAAGAAACUCCUUCCAAGGAUCCAACUAUAUCGAGUGAGUGUACAGCCUCAUCUGAAUACAAGGAAAAAUGUUUUCUACCACAGAACAUGAAUCCAGACCUGACACUCUCCUUCUGUGUAAAGAGCCGCUCCAGGAGGUGUGUAAACGGACCCUUGCAGGAAGCUGCUCGGAGGCGGCUCUGGGCGCUGGAGAAUGAGGACCAGGAGGUGCGCAUGCUGUUUAAGGACCUCUCAGCAAGGUUGGUCAGUAUCCAGUCUCAGAGGUCCCAGUUUCUCAUCACCUUCAAGACCAUGGAGGAAAUUUGGAAGUUCUCCACGUACCUUAAUUUAGGCUAUGUAUCCGUGUGUCUGGAACAUCUCCUCUUUGACCACAAAUACUGGCUCAACUGCAUAUUGGUGGAGGAUACGGAGAUCCAAGUGUCUGUAGAUGAUAAACACCUGGAAACAAUAUACUUGGGACUCCUGAUACAGGAAGGCCACUUCUUCUGCAGAGCCCUGUGCUCUGUGACUCCACCAGCUGAGAAGGAAGGGGAGUGCUUGACACUUUGCAAGAAUGAGUUAAUCUCAGUGAAGAUGGCAGAAGCAGGGUCCGAGCUGGAAGGCGUGUCCUUGGUGACAGGUCAGCGGGGCCUGGUACUGGUGUCAGCCUUGGAGCCUCUGCCUCUCCCUUUCCACCAGUGGUUCCUAAAGAAUUAUCCAGGAAGCUGUGGCCUUUCCAGGAAGAGGGAUUGGACAGGCUCCUAUCAGAUUGGCAGAGGACGCUGUAAGGCCAUGAAGAGUUAUGAGCCAGAAGAAAAGGAUGAACUGAGUUUCUACCAGGGAGAAAGCAUUGAAAUCAUUGGCUUUGUCAUACCUGGGCUUCAGUGGUUCAUUGGAAAGUCGACGAGUUCAGGACAAAUGGGCUUUGUCCCCACCAGGAACAUAGAUCCUGAUUCUUAUUCCCCAAUGAGCAGGAACUUUGCCUUUUUCAGUGAUGAGGAGAGAUGCUCCCUGUUGGCCCUGGGAAGUGAUAAGCAGACUGAAUGUUGCAGCUUCCUCCACACUCUUGCUCGCACUGACAUCACAUCUGUAUACCGGCUCAGUGGGUUUGAAUCCAUCCAGAAUCCUCCAAAUGAUCUGAGUGCAUCCCAGCCCGAAGGCUUCAAGGAGGUCAGGCCUGGCAGAGCCUGGGAGGAGCAUCAGGCCGUGGGCUCCAGACAGUCCAGCAGCUCUGAGGACUCCAGCCUGGAGGAGGAGCUCCUCUCGGCCACCUCAGACAGCUAUCACCUGCCGGAGCCCGAUGACCUUGAUGACCCGGAACUGCUCAUGGACCUAAGCACUGAUCAGGAGGAGGAGGCUGAGAACUUCACCCCCAUAUUGGCUUUUCUGGAUCAUGAGGGUUAUGCCGACCACUUUAAGAGUCUCUAUGACUUCUCCUUCUCUUUCCUCACUUCUUCCUUUUAUAGCUUCUCUGAGGAGGAUGAGUUUGUGGCCUACCUGGAGGCAUCAAGAAAGUGGGCCAAGAAGAGCCACAUGACCUGGGCCCAUGCCCGGCUCUGCUUCCUCCUGGGCCGGCUGAGCGUCAGGAAGGUCAAACUCUCUCAGGCCAGGGUGUACUUUGAGGAGGCCAUCCACAUUCUCAAUGGAGCAUUUGAGGACCUAUGCUUGGUGGCCGCUCUGUACAUCAAUUUGGCUGCCAUCUACCUGAAGCAGAGGCUGAGACAUAAAGGCUCCACCCUGUUGGAAAAGGCAGGUGCCCUGCUGGCCUGCCUGCCUGACCGUGAGUCUAGUGCCAAGCAUGAACUUGACGUAGUGGCCUACGUGCUGCGCCAGGGGAUCGUGGUGGGCAGCAGCCCGCUGGAGGCCAGGGCCUGCUUUCUGGCCAUCCGCUUGCUCCUGAGCCUAGGCCGGCACGAGGAAGUCCUGCCCUUCGCCGAGCGCCUGCAGCUCCUCUCUGGACACCCUCCUGCCUCUGAGGCUGUGGCUAGUGUUCUGAGUUUUCUGUAUGACAAAAAAUAUCUUCCACACCUUGCAGUGGCCUCCGUCCAGCAACAUGGUAUCCAGAGUGCCCAAGGGAUGUCUCUUCCUAUUUGGCAGGUCCACCUGGUCCUCCAGAACACAACCAAGCUCCUUGGCGUUCCCUCCCCAGGCUGGGGUGAAGUUUCUGCCUUGGCCUGCCCAAUGCUCAGACAGGCCCUGGCUGCCUGUGAGGAACUAGCAGACCGGAGCACCCAGAGGGCCCUGUGUCUCAUCCUUUCCAAAGUGUACCUCCAGCACAGGUCUCCUGACGGUGCCAUCCACUACCUGAGCCAGGCCUUGGUGCUAGGGCAGCUGCUCGGUGAGCAGGAAUCCUUUGAGUCUUCUCUCUGCCUGGCGUGGGCCUAUCUCUUAGCCAGCCAGGCCAAGAAGGCUUUGGAUGUGCUUGAGCCACUGCUAGGCUCCCUGAAGGAGACAGAGAGUCUCACUCAAAGGGGAGUCGUCUAUAAUCUCCUGGGACUUGCACUCCAAGGUGAAGGCCGGGUGAACAGGGCAGCCAAGAGCUAUCUUCGGGCCUUGAACAGAGCCCAGGAGGUGGGAGAUGUGCGUAACCAGGCAGUGGCUAUGGCCAAUCUUGGCCACCUAAGCCUUAAGUCCUGGGCUCAGCAUCCAGCCAGAAACUAUCUCCUGCAGACUGUACGACUCUAUUGUGAACUUCAGGCCAGUAAGGAGACAGACAUGGAAUUAGUACAGGUGUUUCUCUGGUUGGCCCAAGUUCUGGUGUCUGGACACCAGCUGACCCAUGGCCUUCUUUGUUAUGAAACGGCAUUGCUGUUUGGCUUAAGGCAUCGACACCUAAAGAGUCAGCUUCAGGCCACCAAAUCCCUCUGCCAUUUCUACAGCUCUGUGUCCCCAAAUCCUGAGGCAUGUAUCACCUACCACGAGCACUGGCUGGCCCUGGCUCAGCAACUCAGGGACCGGGAGAUGGAAGGGAGGCUGCUGGAGUCCCUAGGGCAGCUUUAUCGGAACCUCAACACCGCCAGGUCUCUCAGGAGGUCACUCACAUGCAUCAAGGAGAGCCUGCGUAUCUUCAUUGACCUGGGGGAGAGAGACAAGGCUGCCGAGGCCUGGCUUGGGGCGGGGCGACUCCACUACCUCAUGCAGGAAGACGAGCUGGUGGAGCUGUACCUGCAGGCAGCCAUCCAGACAGCCCUGAAGUCAGAGGAGCCUUUACUGGCUCUCAAACUUUAUGAAGAAGCAGGUGAUGUGUUCUUCAAUGGGACCCGCCACAGGCAUCAUGCAGUAGAGUACUACAGAGCUGGAGCUGUUCCUUUAGCAAGGAGGUUGAAGGCGGUGAGAACUGAGCUCCGGAUUUUCAACAAGCUGACAGAGCUGCAGAUCAGCCUCGAAGGCUAUGAGAAGGCUUUGGAAUUUGCCACCCUGGCCGCCAGGCUCAGCACAGUCACAGGAGAUCGGAGGCAGGAGCUGGUGGCCUUUCACCGCCUGGCUACAGUGUACUACUCCCUGCACAUGUAUGAGAUGGCUGAGGACUGCUACCUGAAGACCCUGUCCCUCUGUCCACCCUGGCUGCAGAGUCCCAAGGAGGCCCUGUACUAUGCCAAGGUGUAUUAUCGCCUGGGCCGACUCACCUUCUGCCAGCUGAAGGAUGCCCAUGAUGCCACUGAGUACUUCCUGCUGGCCCUGGCAGCAGCGGUCCUGCUGGGUGACGACGAGCUUCAGGACACCAUUAGGAGCAGGCUGGACAACAUCUGCCAGAGCCCCCUGUGGCACAGCAGCCCCUCUGGGUGCUCCUCAGAGAGGGCACGGUGGCUGAGUGGCGGUGGCCUGGCCCUCUGAGAAAAGCUGUCCUGUCUCUGGACAUUUGGCAUGGCCAGACUCUGACCCCACUGCCCUAGGCUCUUAAAUACGCAUUGGGAGGGUCCGAGUCAUUACCUGGCCCAGCCCCCUCAUUUUACAAUGAGAAGAAUGAAGUCUGGAAGGCUCAUUGCAGGUCACAGAAAGAUUUGCUGGUGCAGCGAUGAGAAUUCCUGGUUCCAAGCUUUGCAUCUGGAGUCUUUACCAGUUGACUGUUGCCUUCCACACAAACAGCCUCUGAAAAGCACUUUCUCCAUACAUAAUUCUGGAGAAGAUGAGGAAUCUUGCCCUCCAGGAACCUUCCUUCCUCCCCCAGUGAGGAAAUCAGUCACUGCACUGGUGCAAAGCCAAGCCGAUUGGAAUUUGUGCUCUUCACCAAUUUUCUCAGGGAAAGACCCCUUCCGCUUGCCAGCAGAGGAACCUGUAGUUUUUUCCAUUUCUUUCUUCAGAACCAAAGUGUGUAUCACUCCUCAUGCUCACAGAGAUGGGCAGGAGAGAAUUCACCAGGCUCUUAGCUCAAAAGACACAGCCUCAGAAUGGCCAGAUGGAUAGCACGAAACCCGACUUGGAUUCACUAUCUUCCUCCUGCCAUAAGGCUGUGCUCCCACAUAACAAGCUCCAGGGAAGCUUUCUAAGAGCCAAGGCUUGGAAAUUGAGUGUUAAGAAAAUUAUGGCAUAAAUUACAUAUAAAUAGUAUAUAUGAUUAAAUAUUGUCCAGUUACAUUUACACACACAUUUUUUCUCAUCCACAAUGGGGACAGAUGAGAUGGAGGACUUGAAGGAUGGGUGAGAAUACCAAGACAUGUCAUUUUUUUUUUUUUUUUUUUUUGAGACAGUGUCUCCUCUGUUGCCCAGGUUGGAGUUCAGUGGUACAGUCAGGGCUCACUACAACCUCAGACUCUGGGGCUCAAGUGAUCCUCCAGUGUCAACCUCCUGAGUAGCUGGAACUACAGGCAUGUGCCACCACACCCAACUACAGGGCAUCUUGUUGAUUUCAGGGUAGCUGCUUUGCAAAGCAUCUCUAUUAAUGACCUAUCACUGCAUAGCACACUGAGUGGCCUGAAAUGCUUAUAAUCUCAUGGUUUCUGCAGGGCAGGAAUCCAAGCAUGACUUAGCUGAGUCCUCUGGCUUAGGGUGGUUCACAGGCUACAAUCAGCCAGGGCUGCAGUUAUCUCAACUUUAACUAGAGAAGGAUGGGCUUCCCAGCUCACCCACAGAGUUGUUGUUAGGAGUCAGUUUUUUGGCUAGCUGUUGGCCAGAGGCUUCCUGCAGCCACUUGCCACGUGGGCCUCUCUGCGGGGCAGUCACAACAUGGCACCAUGCUUCACUAGAGGGAGCAAACAAGAGGAGCAAGAACCAGAGUGAGCAGGAGAGAAGGAAGUCACUGUCUUUCCAUAACCUAAUCACAGAAGUGACAUCUCCUUAGUCUUGCCUAUUCAAUUCAUAAUAAGUGAGUCACUAGGUCCAGCUCCCACAAGAGGAGGGUGUUUAUCAACAGCUUGAAUACCAAAUGGUGAGGAAUCACUGGGGAUCAUUUCAGAAGUGACCUACCACAGUAUCUGAGUUCUUUGAUAACGAAAUCAGGAAUUCUCUAAGAUAGCGAACUGAAAAUAUGGUCCACUAACCAGCAGCAUCAGCAUCACCUGUGAGAUUGAAAUGAAAAUCUGCAGCCCCACCUAUGGUCUCUGAAUCAGAAUCUCUGGAUCCCAGAACCCUGGCUUGUGCAAGCUUUCCUGGUGGUUUUAAUGCACCCUGAAAUAUGGGAAGCACCACUGCAGGGUAAGAACCCUCAGAUAGUGUGCAUACCUAUUACCUGGUAAGGUUGUUGAACAUGAACUUCCUGGUUUCUAUGUCUAAUUCUGAUUCAGUAUAUCUGGGAUAUAUCCCAGGAACAUGCAUUUUAUCAAGCAACUCAAGCAAGCCUGGUGCAGGUGGUUCACCCUUGCUCCUUGUGUGAACCACAAGGAGACCAGACAUAAUUCCCUGCAUCUGAUGCCCAUCAGUUUAGCUUUUAUUAUCAGACCAUCUGCCCUUAAUUUCUAGCUUCUUGGACUGACCAGAUGGUUAGUUAUAUGGCAGGGUGAGAUGGGAGUGGUGAGUUGAGCCACGAUUGUAUCUUCUAGUCAUCAAGGUUAUCUACGUAUUGGCACAUAUUUUCUCUUAGAGAUGUGGUUGGUUGUCGAAAGGCUGUCUACUCUAGAGAGUAUUCCCAGGAAGGAGAAGCUUCUAAUUGUCUAAUUAGUAAAAUUAUCUAAUCCACUACCAUGCAGAAUAGAUGCGGUUUUGCCCCUACCACAAGCUGUAAAAGCCCCAAGCUGGGAGGGAUGUUGUGGUUGAGACUAUCCAGUCUAAUCUCCCAUGCAUAGUCCUUUCAACAACAUUCCUGGGAGACAGUCAGGGGCACACGCAUUCCAGAACAGUUACACAUCGUAUAUUUGAAGAAGGCUCACACAGCCCUGGAAACCAUGCCAUUGGCCAUUCCCUAUCUGACUCAGGUUACAGAUCCCCUCCCUUUUCCCACUGACCACUCACUCUCCUCUGGCCAGAUUUGUUUCUGUUUCUCUGAAAGAGCGAUUUCCAUAACUGCACCAGGCUUUUGACAUUGGCUGGUGGGUGAAGAGUACAGAGGGAUGUUACUAUACUUAAUUUGAUUCUUCCUCUCCCCAGCAACCACAUCUGUCCUUGGCUUCCAUUGAGCUAUAUAAUUAAUGGAAACUUCUGUGUCUUCUGACUUGAACUUCUAUUUGGACAGAUCUUUCUCAACUGCUGCAAAUAUACAUAUGCAUUUGCAUAUGCAUACACAUACACACAUAUGUGAAGAGCAUUGUGUCUAUUCAUGUUACAUUUCACUGGAGAUUUUAGCUAAAAUUCCCCGAUUCUGUGCACUUUGAUUUACCUGUAAAUCUGAUGAAUUUACCUGUAUCCAGGUCAGUUAUCAAAAUGUUCAGCAUGUUUCCAAAGACAAGGGUAAGACUAUAUUUUUUUAAAAAUAAGAAAAACAUUGUGUGAUAUCAUUGCAAUUACUACAUUCUAUAUGUAAAUCUCUUGCUAAAACUCUUUUAAAAAGUGUUUAAAGAUUUCAUUUUUAAAAUGUGAGCCAACUAUUCCCUUUGGAAACAUGUUGAUGCUACCUUUUUUUCAUGAUCCGCAGAGAGUAAAGUGGUGAUUGGAUCUGGUCUCUACUUAAACAUUGUAAAAAAAAAAAGUGUAUCGUAGCCAAAGAUGAUCUAGUUACCCUCUUUAUUCUAAUUGUUCCCUCAAAACUUAUAUGGGCUGUGUGGCUGCUGGCUCCUUACAUCUAAUUUAAAUAAAGAACAAGGAGGGCAUUGCAACA